UGUGUGUUUAUAUUGUGUAUUUGGUGACGACAAGAAUCGGUUUUUGGCGAAAGAAAUUCCAAGCAAAGCGACGACAACUGCAACGUCCAUUCAUCACUACUUCAAGCAAAAUCUCUCCCACGCCGAAAGAUGGCUCUCCAACAUUAUUAUCUCCAUUAAACCACUGGUUACAUGGUAAUAAAUGGUCUCCUUUGUCCUCAACAAGCAAAACCUUUACAAGAACAACUUUAAACCCUGUAAAACCAAACAGACAAUUGACUUACUCUCCACCUUCACUUGAAAAGCAACCCAAUCCUAGAUUUUURAGUCAAGUAAUUACAUUUAUAAACAGAACAGACUCAAAACCAUCUAGUGGACACUAUUCUCUUGUUAAAUCUUCAAGGUUAAACCGAUUUAGUCCAAAGGACUACACAGCACCUUUUGUAUUAGAUACAAGUACCACUGAUGAUUCAACAUUGCCAAGUUUAAUUCURUCAUCAGAGGAAAGUACAGAAAACAUUACAGACAAAGUCAGUGACAGCGUUACCACAUUAACUAAGACGUAUACARUGGAUAAGGGUGUAAACACAGAAAUCGAGGUCAAAAAGCUUGACAACAACAAUAGAAUUAAUUCUGAUAAACAACCUAAAAUGGAAGUGAGAAAACCUAAAAAUCCAAUGAGAAUGAGAAAAGAUGAUUUCACAAUGCAUUUGUGGUCCCAUAAAUGCCAAUUGCCAUGUGUUUAUGAAGUGAAACCACCAACAAGUCCAACAUGGAGUAACAGCAGUCACAGUGACUCACAAUAUGACAAUGAACUGAAYAUGGAUCCUUCUGGACACAGUAAACAGAGUGRCAUCUCAAAAAGGACGAGCAAUAACAACAAUUCAAGAAACUAUUCUGAUAAGAAAAUAAAUUCGUCUCAGAAAUGUGCUUCAAAUGUCUUUGUUCAAACUGAGUAUUCAGGCGAAAUCAAAGUUGGUGCAAACUCUGACUGUAAAAUGUCACCAUUGUGUAGUUCUGAUAGCACAAUCAAAGAUACAGAACAGACUAUACAAUGCUGUUGUCACUCCARUCACAAAAACAGAAAACACAUYAAACAUCCAAAAAAGUUAAAAAAAAGUGCUCUUGUCAGGAGUCUUGAUCGCAAGCUUCCUGAAGAACUUGAAAUGUUAGACAAUGAAGCAUCAAUUAAGGAUAAAACUUCAUUCAUUCCCCCCAAGUCAUGGUACAGUUUAGGRUCUUUAUGUGACGAGGAAGAAAAUUGUGAAACAUGCGGUCAAAACUGGAAAUAUGAUGCACACCGUAAUUACCAUUUGCGCAUGUAUGACAGUGAUACUAAACUUAACUCAUCUGGUGAUGCGAUAAGCUAUAAUGAUACUGGUUAUACCAGUACAGAAGAAGAUAGUAGUUGUAGAAACAGUACAGAUAUGAAGGGUGGCGGCUCAUCAUGUGRUCAGCAGAGUAGUCCUGAGAAUGGUAGUUAUGAUGGUGAUUAUGAGAGUGAUGAUGAAAUAUUUCAAGUGAGACUUGUUGGUAGUGAAGAUAUGGUGUACAAACCACUGCURUCAGUAAGUGAACCAUUUGGUAUUGAGKCUUAUGCUGCCAAGGAAUGGAGUAGUGAAACGCCAACUGCAAAGGCUAUUAGAGAGGGCUAUGCAGCUAUCUCAAGUCAUGUGAGCUGUCAUCAGUUACGUCAAAUAAGAGGUGAUAACUACUGUGCUAUCAGAGGAACUUUGUUUCAAGCACUUCUAAAUGGGAUCCCUGUAUUAAAGAAGCUCCCAAAGGAAGGGAUACCACAGGUUCUACGCACAAUUUUGUCUUCUACAAAAAUUAGUCUUCAAGAAUGGAGUUUUGCUGGUAGAAUCUCAGUUGAGAAGCCUGAUGUCAUUUCAACACUUGAAGAAAUUCUAGCAUUUUUCAUUCAUGAGGUCAAACGAUGCCAAGAUAUAAACUCCAAGGAGGCAAAAACUGAUCACUUGUUGUCUCUAUUUAAUGAAGRAACAGGAAACAAUGAGUUCAAACUCCUGGAAGCUGUGAAGUUAAUAAUGCUUUAUCAUGCUGUAUUGUUGUACAAUGAUAUGAACAAAGGAUCAGACGUUCCAGUCCUUGCCUGGUUACUGUUUGCCAGGGAUACAUCACCUGACCCAUGUGGAUUGUUACAGCAUCAUUUGAAUGGUGUUGGAGACACUGGUGGUCUUGAACAGGUUGAAAUGUGUCUCCUCGGAUAUUCUUUGGGUGUGGUAAUACAGGUUUUCCGUCCAUCCCAAGUCACAAAACCUGACUUCAUUGCAAACUAUCCCUAUCUAGARGAUAUGCCAACUUUUUCUCCAAUGGUUUCCUUAGUUGCUGAAGAUGAUAGGCACUACAAUAUAGUAGUCGAAUAGUUUGAUAGUAUGGAGGGGUAACACGACAGUCACAUAAUGACAAUGCCAUGGAGUGUGACUCUACACUCUUAAGGAAUACAAUGAACAGUCACCCUUGUAGAGUGUUUGCAACAAACAUGCACAGUUAUAUAAUGCCAUAUUAUAAGGGUAUAAAAAUUAAAAUGGAGAAGCUCACAAUGAGAAUUGAGGACCAUAUUUGUUUCGUUGCAAACACUCUACUUCUCGUAAAUUUACACAUUAUAUAUAUAUUUUAAAUUUAAAAUGUUAUUUAAUAUUAAUCAAAAUUCUAUAUUCUUAAAAAUCUUAAUGCAAAAAAAUAAUUUUAACUUUGUACGUCUAAUAAUGCCAUCAAAUUGAUAUUUAAAAUAUAAAGUAGCUCACAAAUAGCAGGUUUUAAAUAGCUUUCAAAAUAGCAGCUUUUGUUUUGCAGUUUUUUGUUCAUCACUUUGCAAUGGAGAGUGUSUUGCAUUUUUGAAGUAUUAUUUAAUAAUCAUAUGUAGGUUUAUUUAUUAGAAACCUGAAAAGAAUUCUGUUUAUUGUUUUUGUUAGGUAAAUUACUCUAGAUCUCUCAAGGCUAGACACAAUAAGAGUAUUCACUGAAAAGGCUUGUUUUUGUGCUCUUGUAGCAUUACAGAGUAGUUGUUCAUUAUUCUUUACAUGCGAAAAGACAUCACAGAGUUSUUUGUAUCCAACCCAUAAUACUACAGCCAUUCUACAGUGAAUACCAAUUACAUAUUCAAGACAUUAUUUGUAAGUGUCUAUUUUAUUACUUAUGRCUAUCCGAUAAACUUAAAUCAAGCAUACUCCAGGAACUACGUAAUCCUUACACUUCAAGCAAAUCUUUUCAGCAGCCUUUACAGUGUCAACUGCACAUCACUUAUACACUCAGAAUCAUUUUAUAUCCUCUUUCAGUAAUAAAAUAUACUUUUACUUUA